AUAAGGCCGUGGGCGGAUCUCAGGUCUAGGACCGGGUCAAGUUAAAUCCAAUCCAAUUCAUGGUUGUUGGGAUUGGGAAGAUGAAGCCCUCGUCGGAGGCAGAGGAAAGAGGUUUGAAAAGAUUGCUAGAAUGGGCGGCAGAGCAUGGGAUUGAGGUUUCAGAAUCGUGUUCUAGCCUGGGGCUGGGCCAUUCUAUGGGGGUCUCUUACUUCCCCGGCGCCGGAGGAAGAGGUGUGGCUGCUCUCCGUCCUAUCACCAAGGGAGAUUUGCUUCUUAAAUUCCCAAAAUCUGCCUUAAUCACCACUCACUCUCUUAUUUCCAGAUAUGAAACUUUGUCUCUUGCACUCAAACCCCAUCUUUCUCUCUCUCCUACCCAGAUAUUCACUGUUUGUUUGUUAUAUGAAAUCAAUAAAGGAAAGGCUUCACCAUGGCACCCUUACUUUCUGCACUUGCCUCGUAGUUAUUCCAUACUCGCCGCUUUCGGUGAACUUGAAACGCAAGCCUUGCAAGUGGAUUAUGCCAUCUGGGCUGCUCAGAAAGCUAUCUCAAAAGCUAAAUAUGAGUGGAAACAGGCUUCCAAUCUCAUGAAGGAACUUAAACUUCAGCCUCCACUUCUCACUUUCAGGGCUUGGAUUUGGGCUACUGGAACUAUCUCCUCUAGGACGUUACAUGUACCUUGGGAUGAAGCUGGCUGCUUAUGUCCUGUGGGAGACUUGUUUAAUUAUGCUGCACCAACUGAAGAAUCAGACAGCUUUGAAGAUGUAGAUAACUGGAAAAAUGAACAUGCAAAAGAUGAAUUAGAUAUGCAUUCGCAGAGAUUAACUGAUGGUGGAUACGAGGAAGAUGCAGCUGCAUAUUGCUUCUAUGCUAAAAAAAACUAUGAUGAAGGGGAGCAGGUUCUCUUGAGUUACGGAACAUACACAAAUUUGGAGCUUCUUGAACUGUAGAUGCUCGAUUUAUCCGGGCCUA